UCACAGAUCAAAAGCCAACCAGACACUCCUUUAAACCCUCUCCUACCAGCAGCAGUGGUGAGAUCUCUGUCUUUUUGACAUGUCUCCAUCCACUGCCAGUUCUUCAUCCUGGAACAUUUCCACCUGAGCAGUUUUAAAAGACAUUUGAGAAUUUGGACACGUAAUCGUGUAAGAAUGAGGCCGCCGGUGGAGGUCAGCGUGUUUCUGCUCUCUCUGUUGGCUCCUGGAGUUUUAUUCACGAUGAAUACGAUUUCGGCUCUUCAGGAACCUCUUCCUAUCCUGGGAAUGGGAAUGGUUGUUCUGGGAUCUGUUCUCCUCCUCAUCAUCCUCUCAGUGCGACACAGGACUAAAGUGGACCCUUUAUUUUAUGUCUUUGCAGAGUGUUCCUUCAUCUCUGUGGUGGGUCUGACCAAUGCUUUAGAGCAGGAUGGGUUCAUCUCUGGAUUCAUGAACUUUUAUCUGAAGAUGGGUGAACCUCAUCUCAGCGCUGCCUACGCUGUGAUGAUGUCCUACUGGGAGGGUGUGCACCUUGUCCUCUCACUCGCUAUCAUCCAUCGUAUGUUUGCAGGAAAGUCUUAUCGGACUAUGGGUCUGCUGUGGACCGGCUCCUUCAUUGCCAAUCAAAUUGUUCUGAUUCCAGGAGUGUUCAUUGGUAAAUAUGGGUCCAACAUCAAGCCAGCAUUUUGGAGGAACGUCCCAUUCUUUCUGAUACCAUUCUGGGCAGCUUUUCAACUCUUCAGCCGACAGCGAGAGAUGCAGAUUCUCACAGCAGACAAGCAGGUCACUGUAGAGCAGAAAAAGAGUCUGCUGGCUCGGCCCAUCGACCUGCUCCUGUCUCUCCUCUUACUGGGAGUUCUGGCCUUCUCUGCUUUCAGAGGUUUUGUGGUGCUGGAUUGUCCUCUGGAUGCCUGUUUUACUUACAUCUAUCAGUAUGAGCCAUAUCUCAAAGACCCAGUUGGAUUUCCCCGGGUUAUGAUGUUGGUGUAUUUGUUCUACGCGGUGCCCCUGGUCACCGUCCUGAUCUUCGGUCUAAAGACUCCUGGAUGCAGCUGGAUGUUGGACUGGACCAUCUUCUUUGCUGGAGCCAUGGCUCAGGCCCAGUGGUGCCAUAUCGGAGCAUCUCUGCACUCUCGCACUCCCUUCACUUACCGAGUCCCAGCAGACAAAAGAUGGCCCGUUAUCACCCUCAACGUGCUGCUCGCCAUCACACCAGUCCUGCUGGCUCUCCGCUGCCACACCAACCCUGCUUUCUUCAUGAAACCCAUUCCUGAGGGCCAAGUUAACGACGAGAAGAAGAAAAACUAGACCACACGUUUGCCAUGGCAUGCCGAGGAAACCUUGAUGCUGUGGCAAAGUGAAUGUUGGACUAUUUAAUGCACAAACUGAAUAAAAAAUGUUAUUUUCAAUCUUAAAACUGAAAGAAGAUUUAAAAGCGGUGCUCUCUGAGCUGACCCUCUCACGCAGCACUCCUCAUGUGGACUGCUGGACCUUGAUAAGAGGGCCACUGAUGGAGGUGAGGACUGUGAUCGUUGUUCAGAUGACACAUUCAGGAGUCAUUCCAAAGUUAGAUAACAAAUAACAGUUUACAUUACUGCAGGUCUGACAGCUCGCUGGUUUCUAGCUCAAAAGAUUCACUAUUUAUUUCUACUCGUGUAAAAUGAUCAGGUUUAGCUGAAUUAAAGCUUUGAUCCUAUAUAAACUGCUAAUAACUGCUCCCCUGAUGUGACUAAUUUGUCAAAACUCUACUAACAGAUGGAUGAUUUCUCUCGCGGUCGUGUCACUGUUGUUUAUUUUGCAGAAUAAAAAUAAAUUUCUACUUUUUA